AUGGCUCAUCUUCCCAACUCCAAGCAGCCUGCUCACCCCGGGGAGAAUCCCAAUUCAGCCUAUACGCUACUUCGCAAGUUUCAAGCCGAGACCGUCCCCGCGACGACUGCUGCACCUGCUUCUUUCUCGACACCGCCUACCGGACACACGACGCCACCCGCUUCUACAGCAGUUCCCACUGCUCGACUUGGAGCUGCUGCAUCAUUACAUCAUUCGCCGCAGCUACCCACUCCGCCUACGGCCUAUACGCCACGCCUGGCUUCGCAGUCGGUACUCACUCAGCAAUCCUUGUCUCCUGAUAGCAUAACUCGAGAAAUGAUUAUCGAACGCAUCCAGUACCUCCUCCAGGAUAAGCUACCCAGAUGGUCCACUCCAACCGCGGUGUUGGAACUCGCCAAACGCCUCACCUUUAUCUUGAUCGAAUACGGCCAGCGUGGUGGACUUGGCCCUCAUGGUCUUUCAAAGCUUUCAGAUAUCUUCAUGUCUGUGGGCCAUGAGGGUAUAUGGCACUACAUGGCACUGACUGUAAAUCCGGGUAUGGGGGACGUCCAGAUCUUGCUAAAGGGUGAGUUGCGGGAGAAGGAGGGUAAAGACCCGCUGCACGAUGAGGAGCUGAUGGAGAUGCUCCGUGACGGUUUCGACCAGCAGGCGGUGCGCGAAUGGGUUGCCACGCUUCCUACUGACAGUCGGGCGGGUCAGGUCCGGCAAUAUUGA